AUGGAGUUUGGAAGAGUCUGGUCUAGAUAUCAGAGGACAUUGCUUAUCACCAUGAUGAUGUUCAAACUCGGCCUCCUGUGUACAGCCGCGGCGGACAAGUGUUUGUCUUCUCCCUGCAGCAACGGCGCCACGUGCCUCGACCACCAGCACGACUACGUGUGCCUGUGCCCCAAAGAACCCGUCCGGUACACGGGCAAGCACUGCGACGAUCUCUUCGACCCGUGUUCGAGGGAAUCGUGCUCUAACUGCACCGGCACACUCGGAACCACCAACUUCACCUGCCAGUGUCCGGACGGCUUCACGGGACUUAGAUGUGACGAGGACGUAGACGAAUGUCAGAGCAACCCCUGCGAAGGGGUCAAGUCUCAAUGUGUCAAUAGAGUCAAUGGGUAUUCAUGCCACUGUCCCAUUGGACUGGGAGGGGACGACUGCCAGGUUAAUGUGACCACAUGUUCGGAGGAAACAUGCCAGAACGGUGGGACCUGCGCUGACGUUCCGGACGUGGGGCACCUUUGCCGUUGCGCGGCCGGGUACCAGGGGCUGAACUGCGAGGAGAAUAUCGACGAGUGCCGCUCCGACCCCUGCCGGAACGGAGCCAUCUGUAAAGACGGGCUCAGCGGGUACCAGUGUUUCUGCGUUCCCGGAUUCCAGGGCUACCAUUGCGACUUGGAUAUCAACGAGUGUGCCUCAAGGCCCUGUCAGAACAACGGCACCUGUCUGGACGAGGUGGAUCAUUACAAAUGUAACUGUGCUCCCGGUUUUACAGGGAUUAACUGCGAGGUGGAGAUUGAUGAGUGUGCGUCUCAACCCUGUCAGAACGGCGCGACCUGUCUGGACCACGUUGCCAUGUACUCGUGUGAGUGCAUGGCCGGUUUCCAGGGUCAACACUGCGAGAUUGACAUCAAUGAGUGCAUCAGCGUGCCUUGUCUAAAUGAGGGCAAAUGCAUCGACGGGAUUAACAGUUAUGAGUGUGACUGUGAAGGGACAGGCUUUAUGGGUGACCAGUGUGAAGAGGAGAUUCUUGAAUGUGCAUCAAGCCCUUGCCAGCAUGAAGCCACAUGCUUGGAGGGAAUCAACCAGUACAAAUGCAUCUGCUGGGACGGUUAUGAGGGAGACAACUGCCAAGUGGACAUAAAUGAGUGUGAGGAACAUCCCUGUGAGAACAAUGGCAAGUGUUUUCAACGCUCAGAUGUCCUGAACUACCGGCUGCUUCCUGAACUCAGCACGGUCAAUUUCAGCUAUGAAGCUGCCGCCGGCUUCAUUUGCCAGUGCCCUCCAGGAUUCAGUGGUGAAAACUGUUCAGUUGACGUGGAUGAAUGUGAGUCUGCUCCUUGUCAACAUGAAGGAAAAUGCCAGGAUCUGAUCAACUCUUAUCAGUGCGUGUGUCCAAGUGGCUUCACGGUGGACAUCAACGAGUGUGACAGCAAUCCCUGCCAGAACGGCGCCACGUGCGAAGACCACGCCAACUCCUACAAAUGUCACUGCCCCAAGCCAAAGCCGGGUCGGGAGCCCUGGGGCGGUCAGAACUGCGACGUCACUUUGGUCGGUUGCCGGCUCCACCGGUGCCAGCACGAAGCCGGUUGCCUCCCCGUCCUGACCGGCGACGGCGAGCACGGAUACGUCUGUCUGUGCCAGCCGGGUUGGACCGGGGAGCACUGCGACACCCCCACCACCUUCUCCUUCAACUCCGAGGGCUACGUCCACGUCCAGCUCCCCUUGUCCGAGAACCGGACGAAACGAGAGGCCUACGGCAAAGGUCGAGGGUUCCACGUGCAGCUCCGUUUCCGGACCACCCUGCCGGACAUGGUGCUCUUCUUCCGAGGAACCAUAAAGCACUUUGUCUCCCUUGAGCUUGUGGAGGGCUCCCUUAUGGCCAAGGUGAAGUUAGGCAAGGUGCAGCAGGUGGUAUACCCCGGCCGGGUCAAUGACGGGAACUGGCGCCGGGUGACCGUCGGCAUGGACGAGAAGCUGUUUCUGAGCGUUGAGGGACCCGGCUGCGAAAAAGGAUGCCAGGUGAAGACCGGAGACUACAACUAUCUGACACCCCUCCAUCUCGGUUCCCUCCAAGAACUUUACAUCGGCGGAGCGCCGCAGGAGCACUUAGCUCACUCGUCCAGCGGAAAGGGAUUUAUCGGUUGCAUGGAGGACUUUGCGGUCGAGCACAAGCUGUUGCUUCCUCAGGACCUCACCAGGGAGGAAAAUAAGGGCUUGGAACCUGGGUGCGUGAAGAAAGACUGGUGUCAGGUUGACCCGUGUUUGCAACGUGGACAAUGUGAGGACAUGUGGGUCCGUGCGAGUUGCCAGUGCUAUCGUCCCUACCAUGGAGAACACUGUGAAAAGGAAUACUCAUCAUGGACAUUUGGCCACGAGAACACCACCAGCUACUCUGCGUUCAACAUCUCUGAAAGCCACGGAGAAAACUUCACCAUUUCCUUUUUGAUGCGCUCCCUCAAACCCACCGGCAUGCUUCUCCAGUUCCACAGAGAGAGAAAACCAUACCUCACCUUAUAUCUCAGGGAAAGCACUGUGGCCAUCUACAGUUCUCACACCACUCUGUUGUCAGAAGCCAAAUUAGUCACUGACGGGAAAAACCAUUUGGUGACCAUCAAGGUUCAAAACGGCCACGUGGUCUUUCCUAAAGCAGGGCAUAACCGUGCCUUAGGGAAUGUGAGUAUUGAAGCAGGAGACGAGGCGUUUGUUGGUGGGCUCCCUGCGGGCAAAAACACGAAUGCCUGGGGUGGACACUUUAAAGGCUGCCUGCAGGACAUUCGGCUGGACCACAAGCAUCUAGUACCUGGAGAUGAUGUGGAACAGGUGGAGGUCUACCAGUCGACCAAUGACAACGGUGAGCCGUGUUUGAACGGUGGACAGUGUCAGGUCACCUGGAAUGACUUCAACUGUAGCUGCUCCAUUAACUACUCUGGCCGGCUGUGCGAGACCCGCCUGUGGUGCAUCGACAAACCCUGUUUUGGUUUAACCGAGGCCACCUUUCAGGACAACUCUCUCCUUUAUGCUGCCAACAACUCCCUGAGGAGCCCCGUGACCGCCAUCUCCUUGGAGCUCCGGACGCGGAACGAGAACAGCGUCCUGCUGAGGGCGGCCAGCAGAGCCGAGGUCCUUUGCCUGGGCCUGCUCAACUCCAGCCUGUUGGUCAAACUGGACAGCGGGGCGGGGGGCGAGCUGCUGGCCUUCACGAGCGACCGGACCGUAGCGGACGGGGCGUGGCACCACGUCCAGAUCGGCAUGGUGGACCCAACACAAUCAGUAUCUCGCUGGUAUCUGACCGUAGACGGCCGCAGGGCCGGUGGCAGCUUCAGGGCCAGUGGGAACCUCAACUUCCUGAACGGCUCUUUGAUCUGGCUGGCAGAAGACUACGGAGGGUGUUUGCGGGAGGUGAGGGUGGGGGGCGUCUACCUGCCCCUCACACGGGUCCCAGACGCCCCUCAACGGAGCCGGUUCUCCAGACUCGGCGGUCGGGAGCCAGAAACGGGAUGCCAAAGCGCCCCGGUCUGCGAUUCCCAGCCCUGCCUGAACCAGGGAGAGUGCCAGGACCAGUUUAAUGAGUUUAACUGCAGCUGCAGACCCGGAUGGGAGGGGAAGCUGUGCGAGGCGGAGAUAAACGAGUGCUCGUCGGGGCCCUGCGUCCACGGCGCGUGCAAAGAUCUCCUGGCGGACUACGAGUGCGAUUGCGAACCGGGAUACAAAGGGAAGAACUGCGGGGAGGAGGUGGACGACUGCCUGGAGUUCAGCUGCAUCAAUGGAGGAGUCUGCACGGAGACUCACACCUGCAGGUGUCCUCCCGGAUACAUUGGCAAGCGCUGUCAGUGGCGUUUCCCUCCAGUGGCAUGCGACAUAAACAGCAAGUGUCUCAAUGGAGGUGUCUGUAUUGGAGGUGAUUCUGGAGGCAACUGCACUUGCAAGCCAGGAUAUCUAGGUCCCAGGUGUGAGACAGAAAUAGACGAGUGUGAGUCGGGUCCUUGUCUCAAUGGUGCCACCUGCCUAGACCGGCUAAAUCAUUUCCAGUGUGUCUGUGUUCCGGGCUUCAUGGGGAAAUUAUGUGAGAGAAGUAAAGAGGAGCAAAGAGAGGGCGUCCCUUGGCUGGCGGUGACCAUCCCCCUGACCACUCUGUGCGUACUGCUGGCCAUCCUGGUGGUGUUUUUCCUCAUUAUGACGGCGCGGAAGAAGCGUCAGUCGGAGGGCACGUACAGCCCCAGCUCGCAGGAAGUGGCUGGCGCUCGGCUGGAAAUGGGCAGCGUCCUCAAAGUGCCUCCAGAGGAGAGGCUGAUCUGAGGUCUGAUUCCUCGCCUUACAGUAUCGCACCCAAAGGGUGUUCAUGCUUUGCAGUGUCAUACUGCUCGUACUGAGUGAAAGGCUCUCUGGCCAACUUUGUAUUUUCUUAAUACUUCUAUUUCAGUUGAAGUUGAAGUGGGUUAUGAAUGUAAAAAAACAAAAAAAAAACAUGGACAGACUCACAUGUUAAUGAAUACUUGCUUCCCUCUAAAAAGUUAAACCAAAAGAAAAAAGGAACCAACUUUCAAUUUAUAAACCUUAAACACACUAUGUGUUUUUGUGAAACUGGAUUUGUAUUAGGGAAAUUAAUUUAUUGAUAUUUUCUUGAUAAAAUGCUUCCUUUUAGGAGAGGCAGGCUUAAAAAAAAAUCCGCAAUUUUUAUACCUUUUUGGCUGUUAAACUCUUCCACAGUAAAUUUGUGGCACAGUGCUCCAAUCUAUGUGGAUCAGUCAUGAUGUAAUUAUUCAGUUGAAAGGUUGAGGAACGAUCUGAAUAAUUUCCCUUCCCUCCUGUCUUGUGAUAAAGCAUCACACUAGAAUGAAUUGUUUGGACUAUGAUUCAUUAUUACAGCAUUCCAAAGAGUCGAUAACGCACUGCUGUAUUAUACUGUAAGUGAGGUUUACAGUGUAGGACUCAACCUGUUACGGUCUAAUAAUGGAGUUUGUACAUUUUCUACAAAUUAUAUGUAUGUGUUACUGAAGUUGAAGUCACUGUAUUUACUUUUUUUUCAUUUUUUAGAAAUAUUUUCAGGGAGAGAAGUAUUUCACCGUAGAAAUCUUGCUGUCUAUGGAGGUGAUGUCAGUUUUUGUGAAAAAAAGUCCAGUCUGAGAAAGUAUUUUAGUUUAGCCAUAGAUGUAGCAAAUAUUAAGGAAAAAUAUCACCUUAUCUCAAAAUAUCACUUGAUACUUUGUGACAGAGAGAACAUGACAUACAAACAUACAGAUGAGAAUCAAUAUGAGAUAGAAAAACUUGCCUUAGAUGGGAAACAAUUAGUACACUUCUGUCUACUAUAAGAAAUAACGAUUCUUUAUGGAAUCGUGGAAAAGCAGAGCUCUGAGAUUUUAGGGUAAUUGGAAAACACUCCUAGUUUGGGACUUAACAAACAAGGUUCUAGACCACUAUGUAUUUUCUCUUCUAUUAGAUACAAAAGGAAAUCCCUCAAAUAAUAAUUUAGGCUCUUUGUUCAUAACUUCCAAUAUGACCCAAAAUGGUGUCCUGCGAAAUAUAAAGCAAGAAUUGGUCCUAGUUUUGUGUUUAAGAAACCUCAGGAGAGGUGAAGGAUAGCACAACCAAAAGCCUGUGUGAGAUAGACACCAGCAAACAUCAAUAAAACACAGUUUUUUUAAUGAACGACUGUGAAAAAGGGCUAAAACAUGCUCCGAUAACAAUGCAAUCAUCAGCAUCCCAGAUGCCACGCUACUGUCUUCCUGGAGUAGAUGAACACUAAAGGUACUAGGUACGACUUUGUACCUAAUAACUUCUCAUACCACUAAUAGGGGUUUAUGUAUUAGGCAAUUAAAACUUUGAUAAUCACAGAAAUAAUGAAAUGGGACGUUUGCCAUUUCUGUAUUUAGGAAGUAGGCCUGGUUCAAAUGAAGCAGUCAGUUAUCAAGUCAUGUGAUCCCCUGACCAAUCACCGGCUCUACUUGAAACCCUAACUGAUAAGUGCUAAAAUCAUAACUGUUAGGAAUUGAAUUGAAUUCUGAGCUGCACUGAGGGGAUACAACUUGAAAACCCCCAUCAAAUUUGCAUUCUUUUUUUCUUAAUAUAUUCGUUGGACAUUUACUGUAUGUACCCAUUUUUUGGGACCAUUUCCCAACUAACGAUGGAAGAAUGCCUACUCCUGAACUUUAGUAAAACACCUCCCCAUUAUGAUGAAUACAAACUGUAAAUAACAACUCACACACCACAGUUCCAGGCAGAUAACUGAGACUUUCAUCUGACUGCCUUUGAUGAGGUGAGUAAAAUGAAACUAGUUAAAGUGAUUAGUACUUAAAGUCUGAUGCCACUUUGCCAUUUUUACAGUACUAAAUGCAACCAUUCAUAUGCCUUUCACUCUGUCUUUAAGUUACCGGUGCUACUUAUUUUACUGAACCACCAAAGCAGGGUGCUCUCAUAAUUUUUAGAAGGUUUUUAAUUUUAUAAUACUUCAGUCAGAUACAAUUAACUAUCUUUUAUGCGAAUUGAUAGUAGUUUGUUAAGUGGACAUAACACACAAGAAACUGUUUAAUAAAUCCACUCAGUAUGGAUUGCAAUAGUAAUAAAUGGAGAAAAAGGAGAAAAAUUAAGAUUGUGAUCAUACUCGUAUUACAUCAUCACACGCUGCCAUAUUUGUACUGUCCCACACAAUCUCAUUUUCAGCAAUCCUAUGUCUGUGUUCCAGACAACAGGACCCCGCAAUAACUUGUAUUUAUUGUUAAAGCAAUAUUGAGAAAGCACUAUAAUCCUAUGCUAAAGACAAAUAAUCGGUAAGCAGAUGAUAAGACAAAACAAACUGGCUAUUGUAAGGCUCUCUGUCCACUCACCCACCAUGGAUUCAUCUCUUUUUAAGGAUUUACUAUUGUAAAUCCUAUUGGGUAUCCGUAAUGUUUAUAAAAAUCCGAUAUCACUGUAUCUUUUAAGAGUAUGUGUGUGCAUGAUAAGACACUAGAAUGUGCCUUCGUGUUCACUUGCAUUAAGGAUACCCAUGUAUCAUAUUUUGUUUUAUUUUAUUUUAUCAUGUACAGAUUUAAUAUUGCUUUCUUUGUUCACUGCAAAGACCACAGGUCAGACACCAGCCUGUUAGAAGUAUAUUACCGCUCAAAUGUGAAGAUAUUGUUGACUUUGUUGUACUAUUCCGUACACUGCUUAUCCUGUUACUCGGUAUUGUGACCUUACAACCGAUCAUAGACAUGAUGAACAAAUACCCACAGUCUUUGUAGAAUGUUAUUUAUUUAUGUUUUUUAUGAUGUUUUUAAAAAAAAAGAAAAAACUGUACUAUGUACAGGACUAUAUCUAGGUAUAUAAGAGGUUAUAUUCCAAAACAACAAAUUGAUUUGAUUGAUAUCAGUUUGCCUACACUUCUCACUGCAGGAAAUAAUAUUAUUCCAGACAUCACAUUCAAUUUCAGUGUCUACCUAAUAGGUCUUUAGGGAAUUGUUACUGUUAUUGACUUAGAAUCACUCAUUUAUCAAGGUGUAGUUUGAUUUGCUUGAUGAAUAUUUGUGGGUACCAUUGUUUUUCAAAAACGCCACUUUGGAAUACAACUUUGAACUCUUCUGAAGACAUUUGUCCAUUUUUAGAGAAUGAUAUUUGUUUGUGAGGAUGUAUACUUUGAAUCGAUGUUGGUAGUUUUCCAAAACUAUACGUUUGUGUAAAUAUGAAAUUUUUGUGUUCAAGUUGGAAAAAAAGUUUUAGUUUGAAAAAAUAUCUUAUUUGGUGUUGAAGCUAAAUAAAAAAGAAAAUGGAGA